CAAAUAAUUUGAGAAUGUUGUUAACCUCGGAUUCUCCUCUGGAGAUGUGUGCGCUUGACGCGGAGCACGUGGCCGCAGUUUUAGAGGAUUGUGUAGAUCAGCUGGCUGUACUGGGCAGUAUCAUCUCCAUUCCUGAUAACCCUACUAAUAAUACUGACAAUAACUCAAUAGACGAGAUAGCCAAGCUGCUAAAUGGACAGAAGCACCUGGAGGGACGAUACGAGGAACUUGUGAUGAACGACAAGAACUCCUCGGAGAUGUCCUCCUUAAAACAGAACAUGAAGUCCAGCGCUCAGGCUAUCAUGAAGAGCGUGAAGCUGAACCCACUAGCUACGGAGAACCUUAUCAAGCUGCAACAAGAUAGAGAGUACCUACAAGACCUGGUAGCGGAAUGUUUAGAGGAAGUUUCACAAGAGGGAUCCUUCGAGGGACUGAUCAGAGCAACUGUUGAGGAGAGGGAGAAGAAGAACAAAUUACAGGAAACUAUACUCAGGGAGGAGGAUGCUAGGAAGAACGUCAGAGCGUUACAAAGACAACUUCUAGAACUGAAGAAAUCAAAAGAGGUAGAAAUGCAGAGUCGUAACGAAAUGAUUGCUCAUCUGAAGGAUCAGCUUCAAGAGACUCGAGCUAAGACCACCAUGGAGAGAAAAUACAUUGAGAAGGAGUGCCAGGUCCAGAAAGUUAUGAAGAACAAACAGUGUCAAAUGACUGAGGCAGAAUUGCAGGCAGAAUUGGAAAACCUUCAAAUACAGCUUGAAGAAGAAAACAAAGUCAACAAGGAAACUGAAAUGUGGGUAAAGAAACAUCACGACCAGCUGCAAGAGAAAGUUGAGUUCUGGAUGGACAAAUACGAAAGAGAGGUCGAUCAGAAAUCCGAGGAGUUGAGUGGAUUAAAGGGCUCCAAAGCUAACAUUUUGCUCAAACUGCAGGAACUUACUCUAAAGUAUCAAGAAUACGAGGAAGUGGUGAUGGAAGACAGAGCCCAGAAAGAGAAAGCCAAAAAAGCAGCCGAAAAAGCUCAACUUGAAAUACGCUGCGCUACCAAGAUUCAAGCUUGGUGGAAGGGUGUUAUGGUCAGGCGAGGUCUUGGUCCUUACGCCAAGAAGAAGGGAAAGAAGGGCAAGGGAAAGAAGGGGAAGAAAGGAAAGAAAGGGAAGAAAUAGGCUUAAUUCAUAACGAAAGAAGUGCAGAGAUUUUUAACCCCAGUUUGAUGCAGUGCCACAUGUUCACAGAGUUCAUCAGAAUUUAAUUCAGAGUCAUGACUCUGUCCAAACAACCAACAUGUUUACAGCUGUUAGAACUCACUAACUUUACUGAUCCCGUAAUAUAAUUGGAUUUUUAAUUCUUAAGAUCACAAAUUGUUUGUGAAAAUGUUUGGUGAAGAAAUAAACGUUGGAUGUCAGGAAAAAAAUGCCGUUUUAGCGUAGUGUUUUUUCAAACGUGUAUGUACAAACAUUAUAUUUCAGAGAGCAAUUAAUUGAUACACGUUGUAUAGCUCUUUUCGCUUUCUUUUCUGUGAUAAGAUGUAUUCAAUGUAUCAAGGAAUUUAAGUAAAACUUCUGGAAGAAAUUACAACCAUUCAUUCAUGUUAAAAUGGGGAGAUUGAACGAUUUUAUUCAAUUUAUGUGUACAUAAGAUUUGUUUAUUUUACCAGAAAAGCCUUUUUGAUUUA